GCAUCUGAGCCGGGGAGCUGACGGUCCUGGACUGAAUGGGCGCGAGCGCGGCGUCGGGGGCGGGCGGGGGCGCGGGGCCAGGGACUGGCGGCCCGCGGGCUCCCGCUCCCUAGUAUGCGGACGAAAGCGUCAGGCUGCACCGAGCGGCGUCCCCUGCAGCCGCAAACCGAGGCGGCGGAGGCGGCGGCACCUGCCGGCCGAGCAAUGCCAAGUGAGUCCAACUGUGUGAAGCUGAGGAGCGACCGUGCGAGGCCCUCCCUGCCAUGGUACCCCCGAGCCCAGAGCAAGAUGAGAAGACCGAGCUUGCUGUUAAAAGACAUCCUCAAGUGUACAUUGCUUGUGUUUGGAGUGUGGAUCCUUUAUAUCCUCAAGUUAAAUUAUACUACUGAAGAAUGUGACAUGAAAAAAAUGCAUUAUGUGGACCCCGACCGCAUAAAGAGAGCACAGAAAUACGCCCAGCAAGUCCUGCAGAAGGAGUGCCGGCCCCACUUUGCCAAGAGGUCGAUGGCACAGCUCUUCGGCCCCAGGUACAGCAUGGACUUACCGCCUUUCGUGACAAAAGCCCCCUCGGGGAGCAAGGCUGAGUCCAAGUACGACCCUCCUUUCGGAUUCCGAAAGUUCUCCAGUAAAGUCCAGGACCUCUUGGAACUCUUGCCUGAGCAUGACUUUCCUGAACACUUGACAGCCAAGAGCUGUAGGCGUUGUGUGGUCAUCGGAAGCGGUGGAAUCCUCCACGGGCUAGAGCUGGGCCCAGCCCUGAACCAGUUCGACGUGGUGAUACGGUUAAACAGUGCACCAGUUGAAGGAUAUUCAGAGCAUGUUGGAAAUAAAACUACUAUAAGGAUGACUUACCCAGAGGGGGCACCACUGUCUGACCUUGAAUAUUAUUCCAAUGACUUGUUUGUUGCUGUUUUAUUUAAGAGUGUUGACUUCAACUGGCUUCAGGCGAUGGUCAAAAACGAAACCCUGCCAUUUUGGGUACGACUCUUCUUUUGGAAGCAAGUGGCGGAAAAAAUCCCACUACAGCCCAAACACUUCAGGAUUUUGAAUCCAGUUAUUAUCAAAGAGACUGCCUUCGACAUCCUUCAAUACUCAGAGCCUCAGUCAAGGUUCUGGGGCCGAGAUAAGAACGUCCCCACGAUUGGUGUCAUCGCUGUGGUCUUAGCCACACAUCUGUGCGAUGAAGUCAGUUUAGCAGGCUUUGGAUACGACCUCAACCAACCCAGAACGCCCUUGCACUACUUUGACAAUCUCUGCAUGGCUGCCAUGAAUUUUCAGACCAUGCACAAUGUGACAACAGAGACCCGGUUCCUCCUGAAGCUGGUCAGAGAGGGCGUGGUACGGGAUCUCAGCGGAGGCAUCCAUUGUGAAUUCUGAACCCAGAAAACCUCACUCGACAGCGCAGCUCCGACCUGGAGGGCUGCUCCUUGCAGCCUUCUUGAUGCAUUUCGUCCUACAAUGACUCGGAAGUGCAGCCGGUGUUUUUUAACCUUUAAUUUAAAAAACAAGAACAAACAAAAAAGUUCAAUGCUUCCCAUGUUUUUUCCCCUAUUUAUUUGACGUCAGUGUUUUUGCACAAAAUUUCGUAAGCUAAUUUCAAGGAUGGGAAAGACUUUCCAAAGAGAAGUGUAUGUGAUGAUGUGUUUUUGUAUUUUAAGCAAGUUAUUUAGGGAGUUCCACUGUGGCUCAGCGGGUUAAGAAUCCAGCUGGUAUCCACGAGGGUGCGGGUUUGAUCCCCGGCCUCGCUCAGUGGGUUAAGGAUCCAUCAUUGCUGUGGCCAUGGCAUAGGCCGGCAGCUGCACUUCCGAUUGGAUCCCCAGCCUGGGAACCUCCAUAUGCUGUGGGUGCAGCCUUAAAAAGCAAAAAAAAGUUAUGUAAUUGGUAAAAAACUGUUCAUUUCAACUGCACACAGAAUCCCAGGUAAUGAGGUGCAAAGAGGAAGGAGGUCACUCCUUUGAUGACAGCCCCCAAUGCCUGAUUCUGGUCCUCUGUUAGUCUCUUUGGGGGGAACAGAAGUUGGCACUUCCAGGAUGACGUGUUCCGUAGCUGAACCACUGCGACUGGUUGGGCCACGCUGCCAAGUAAGGCCAGGGCCAGUCGGAGAAGUUCACGGUCCCUCUCUGUGGGUCUGCCUUCUGCGGAGAGACUUGAAGGAGUCAAGCCAGGGAGCCAUCCUGCAGGUCCCUAGGCAGGAAGGGACCCAGAGACGUUCGCUGUGCCCUCUGGGUACUGCAAAGCCACCAUGGGUAGCAGAAGCCACGGUCUGCCCUACAAUUAGGACAGCUCUUGGGUUUCUUGAGAGCUUGUAACUGCCCUGCCAGACACUUGAACAUUAACCUUCAUUAUGCCACUGUCUGUCUGAGGUGGCAUAUCCAAAUAAGGACAAAACCUCUGUUCUCCAGAGUCAUAGAGAAAGAAAUUCCAAGAAUAAUCACAUUUUCUGAAACAUUGAAAUGAAGUCUUCCCAGUGUUAUAAAUUGCCUAUAUAUAUAUUAAAAAAAAAGGUUUUGGAGUUCUCGGUGUGGCUCAGCAGGUUAAGAACCCAACAUAGUGUCCAUGAGGAUGCUUCGAUCUCUGGCCUCACUCAGUGGGUUAAGGAUCUGGUGUUGCUGUAUAGGUCACAGUUGCCACUUGAAUGUGGCGUUGCUAUGGCUAUGGCUGUGGCCGGCAGCUACAGUUCUGAUUCAGCCACUAGCCUGGGAACCUUCAAAUGCCACAGGUGUGGCUGCAAAAAAAAAAAAAAAAAAAAGUAAAUAAAACUUUAAAAUAAAAAAUUUUUUAAUGCCUACUCAGUAGUGUGUACCAGGCAGUGUGCUGGUCCAAAAAUAAAAAAAGAAUAAAAGCUUUUGAGGAACUCUUACA